AUGCAAUCCCUAAGGCUAUCAACUGGUCAGUGCUAUACAACAUCAGGCAGGGAAAGGAUGAGACCCAUCGGAGUUCUUGGACAGACUCAGGGCGGCAAUGAGACAAUACACACCCCUAGACCCGGCAACGGAAGAAGGAAACAGCACUUGCUAGGGUUAAUGAUGGGACAGAGUAACCCAGACAUCAGGAAGAAGUUACAAAAGCUUGAGCACCCAGCAAACAAAAAUCUAGAGAUACUGCUGAAUGAGGCAUGGAAGGUAUACAAUAAUAGAGAAGUUGAGGAGAAGAAAAAGGAGGACAGGAGGAUAGCUCGAGUAGUGGCUGUAGCAGUGGCAGCUCAGAGGACAGGUCACUCGGAACCUGGAACUAAGGGAAGAGGGGGACCGGUGGGCCGUACCCUAGCAGACCCACUGGUUAAAAUGGAGCUAGGGGAAGGUAAAAGGGAAUUGAACUUUUUGAUUGACACGGGAGCAACCUUUUCGGUUUUAAAUCAGGAAUUGGUACCUAAAAGUGAUGAAUUUGUACAAGUUGUGGGAGCAACGGGCCAACCAGAAAAGGCUUACUUUUUGAAACCUAUUAAAUAUAAAAUUGGGAAACAAAUGGGAAUUCACCAGUUCCUGUAUUUACCAAAUUCGCCAAAGCCCUUAUUGGGAAGAGACCUAUUGGAAAACCUGGGAGCCAUAAUAAAGUUCAACAAGGACAAAUUGGAAUUUCAAGUAAACGAUGAACAACUGAUUACAGCCCUAAGCCUAACAAUCAGUUGUGUAGAACCCAAACCUGAGAACCACAAUUUCGAGCGAAUCCUGAGCAAGACUUAUCCAUUGGUAUGGGCUACGGAUAUACCUGGAAAAUCAAAACGAGCGACACCGAUUGUUGUCGAACUUAAGGUCGGGGCAAGACCGGUGGUGGGAAAACAAUACCCUCUGAGGAUAGAAGACAGAAAGGGAAUUGAGCCCAUAAUCAAAAGGUUUUUAGAACUGGGGUUAUUGGUAGAAUGUGAAUCGGAUUUUAAUACACCGAUCUUGCCAGUAAAGAAACCUAAUGGAACGUAUAGGCUCGUUCAGGAUCUGAGGGCAGUAAACGAAAUAACCAAGACAUUGCACCCGGUGGUUGCUAAUCCAUAUACGCUUUUAACUAGGCUAAAGGAUAGCCUGGCCUGGUUCACCGUAUUAGAUUUGAAAGACGCAUUCUUCUGCCUUCCCUUAGCCCCCGAGAGUCAAAGGAUUUUUGCCUUUGAGUGGGAAUCAGUAGAGGGGAGAAAGACCCAACUUACCUGGACACGGUUGCCUCAAGGCUGGUCUAACUCGCCCACGAUCUUUGGGAAUCAGUUAGCCAAAGAAUUAGAACAAUGGGAAGGGCCGCCGGGAGAUGGCGCUCUCCUGCAGUACGUAGAUGACCUCCUAAUAGCGACAGAAACGGAGGAAGAAUGCAUUGAAUGGACUAUUUCCUUGUUGAAUUUCCUGGGUUUAAGUGGAUAUCGAGUCUCUCAACAGAAAGCACAACUGGUGCAAAAGGAAGUGGUGUACCUGGGAUACGAAAUCUCCAGAGGACAGCUCCUAGGAGCAGCCAGGAAAGAGGCCAUCUGCCAGAUGCCCAAACCAGAGACGGUGAGAGACCUGCGCGCCUUUCUGGGGAUGACAGGUUGGUGCCGGCUAUGGAUCUACCAGUAUGGGGUACUCGCUAAACCAUUGUAUGAUUUGCUAAAAGAAACCAAGAAUGUCCUAGUUUGGACUCCCGAGGCAGAAGGGGCCUUUAAGAGGCUGAAGCGGGAGCUGAUGAGAGCACCAGCCUUAGGUCUCCCAGAUGUGUCAAAACCAUUCUGGCUAUUUUCCCAUGAGCGGCAAGGGAUGGCCCUAGGAGUACUGGCACAGCAGUUGGGACCACACAAGAGAGCUGUGGCCUACUUCUCCAAGCGAUUAGAUGAAGUAAGUAAAGGAUGGCCAGGCUGUCUGAGGGCAGUGGCCGCAGUGAUAAUUAACAUAGAAGAGGCCAGGAAGUUUACGCUGGGCCAAAAGGUGACUGUGUUAGUAUCCCACACUGUGUCAGCUGUGCUGGAACAGAAAGGCAACCAUUGGUUGUCGCCUUCCAGAUUUUUAAAGUACCAGGCCAUCCUGGCUGAAUCAGAUGAUGUAACCAUUCAGAUAACUAAUAUUGUGAACCCAGCUUCAUUCUUAGAAGGAAGAGCUCCAGCAGAACCCAUCGAACAUGACUGCCUGGAAACAAUUGAAGCCGUCUACUCCAGUCGCCCAGAUCUCAAAGAAGAGCCGUUCGAAGACGCGGACAACUGGUUUUCAGAUGGCAGCAGCUUCGUGAGGCAAGGAGUAAGAAUGGCUGGCUAUGCAGUCACCACUACAGAGAAGGUAAUUGAGUCAAACCCCCUGCCUGCAGGGACUUCAUCUCAAAAAGCAGAGCUGAUAGCCCUGACCCGAGCCCUGGAAUUAGCAGAGAACAUGCAAAUUAAUAUAUGGACAGACUCUAAAUAUGCCUUUUCUGUCGUACAUGCUCAUGGAGCCAUCUGGAAAGAAAGAGGACUGUUGACUACACAAGGAAAAACAGUCAAACAUGCAGAAGAGGUUCUGCGACUACUGGAGGCGGUCCAACUCCCAACACAGGUGGCCAUAAUGCAUUGCAAGGGGCACUUGAAAGGCAAUACUAUUCCAGAAAUAGGGAACAGGAAGGCAGAUACAGAAGCUAAAUUGGCGGCCAUAAGAAAUAAGGAAGCGGAAAUAGCGGCCCUAAUACCAGGGGAGCUGGAUAUCAAUAUCCAGCCAGAUUACCAGGAAUCAGAUCAUAGGUGGAUUCAAAGGAAUAAGGGCAAAAUACUAGAAAAUGGUUGGGGUCGAUUAGAAACAGGACAGUUAGUGAUACCAGGAAACGUGAUGUGGCAGUUUGUGAAGGCAGAACAUGAAAAGGCCCAUUGGGGCCUAGAUUCGCUUUACCAAUAUUUGCAGACCAGAAUAGCAGGACCAAAAUUAUUUACUACUAUAAAACACGUUACGUCCCAGUGUGAACGGUGUCUGAGGAACAACCCAAACACAGGAACCAAAGUACACCUAGGAGCUAUAAACCGAGGAAAAGAGUUCAAAAGUUUAAAGAGGAAGACUCAUCGGAAAGACCCCGUCUAUGAUGAAGGCAACAGGAACGACCACCUGAAAAUUCCCCAAAAGAGAUGUCUCCACCUACGCUCCGCCCACGCUCCGCCUACACACACCCCAUAUGAAUAUGCAUGA